AUGUUGCAAAUUUUGUCAGCCGUUCCAAAGAAAAUGGCAAUUUAUCGAGCUUUGGUGCACGUGUCGACGGCGUAUUGCAACUGCGACCGCGACGAGAUAGAGGAGAUCGUCUACCCGCCGCCGCAUGAUCCCGAACAGAUCGUGCACGCCAUGUCCUGGAUGGACGACGAGCUCAUCAAAGAAAUCACACCACAGCUGAUCGGGAAACGGCCGAACACGUACACAUACACAAAGGCCCUCGCGGAGACGGUGCUGGUGAAGGACGCCGCCAACUUGCCGGUGGCCAUCGUGCGGCCGUCCAUCGUGUCGGCGGCGUGGAAGGAGCCGAUCCCUGGCUGGGUGGACAACCUCAACGGCGCCACUGGCCUGCUCGUCGGCGCCGGGAAGGGGCUCAUCCGGUCCAUCCUGUGCCACCGGGAGAAGCGAGCCGACUUGAUCCCCGUCGACAUCCCGAUCAACCUCAUGAUCGCCGUCGCCUGGCACACGGCCGUCAAGAGUCCGAAUCGGAUGUUGGUGUACAACUGCACGUCCGGCGAGAUCAAUCCCAUCAGGUGGGGCGACGUGGAGACGUGGGGCCACGCCGUGACGCAGCGGUACCCCUUCAACGACGUCAUGUGGUACCCGAGUGGCACUUUCAAGUCCUCGCGGACCGCCCACACCGUCUCCUGCGCCAUGCUCCACUUCUUGCCCGCGUACCUGAUGGACCUCGCAGCCUUCGUGGCAGGCAAAAAGCCCAUUAUGGUCCGCAUCCACUCCAAGUUCUCGCGGGCCCUACAGGCCCUAGAGUACUUCACGACCCGCGAAUGGCGGUUCAAGACGGGCAACGUGCCGAGUCUCUGGCACCAGUUGGGCGACGGCGACCAACGCGUCUUCAACUUCGACCUCAAGCCCAUGCACUGGGUCACGUACUUGGAGUCCUAUUUCCUCGGGGCCAGGGCCUUCGUGCUCAAGGAAGACCCAGUGGACUUGCCCAAGGCGAGGCGACGGAUGAAGAGAAUGUAUUGGCUGCACAUUUUGACCCAUGCCGUCAUUAUAUUCGUGGUCCUGCGGUUGGUGUUGGGCAGGUCAGAUUCCAUGAAACACCUGUGGUACUACUUCCUGUCCUACGCCAUGUACCUGCAGUCAUUGUUGUCGAACGCUGUCACGUCGUAGGAGGGACUGUGACUCAACUGUUGUGUAACCCCUUGAAUGGGGACGAGUGGAAGUACAUACCACUACUUUUUUUUUGCAAGGAAAUAUUGGCGUGUAAAGAAGGCGAAGGUUUUUCGAAGAAAGAGAAGGUUUUUUUUUAAUUUCUGCGCAUGGUUGUGAAUUAUUGCGACCGGAUGGUAUGAUUGACGACACGCCGAGUCUGGCGGAAGGAGAAAAUAGAUGAUGGUCGAGGGAAUUCGCUGAUGGUUGUGACGCAUGUUUAUUGUUUCUACCGUUUUAUUUUAUUUUUCUUGUGCUUGAAGGGAAAGUGGUUGUUUGCUCGUUUUUUUUUUUUUUAAAUCAUUGUUUGAUUGGCCCGACUUUGAGAAUAUCGUUUGCCACUUUUUGACGCGGUUUCGUAUAGCUCAGUGCGCGAGGGACUCUCUUCUUUAUUUUUGCGGUGCGUUCCUGAACGAACUGUUCUUUUAUUUGUAAUUUCGGCCGA